GAGUAGGCUGCUCCGCCUGUGGUUGGUUGCAGACGAGCGCGCGCGCGGUCCACAAGACUUGGUCGAUGAUCGGUUUCGAGUAGUUACCCGCCUCGAGGUUCGUCGUCAGCGUCGUUGUCGUUUAAGUCGAGUGUAGCAACCGUCAUUGAAGUCGUGAGCUCGAUUUUUCUCCCGCGCCUUUUUUUCGCGGCCUGUUUGGAAGGCUCCAGGAAGUCUCGAAUUCGCUUUCUAAAAGGCACUCAUUGCAGCAACGGCGAAGUGAAUCCAUAACCGAAAACAAAAAAAGCUCAUUGCCUCAAGUGUGACAGAAUAACAAAUUGCAGGCACGAUCUCUAACAGUGAAGGUAAUAAGGUGUGUGUACUUGAAGCAAGAAAGAGAGCAAAGCGCAUUAAAGUGAAAUGUGGAAACGAAUGUUACAUUAACAUAGCUAUACUAAGCGUUUUUAGAUGGUGAAGCGGAUUGCGGACCGUUUUUGCAGUGCCGUGAGGUAAACGAAGCAAACCAAACUUCAAGAAGCCAUAGGCUGCCGCUGUUGACGUCGUACCGAGAGUCGUUAGUUGUUGUGCGGAUCGAAGUGUUUGGUGGUGCAGUUGCAGAAAAAAUUCAACGCCGAACGAAGUUAGGCCUAGAGGAAAACUAGUUUUCCAUCGUGGCAGUGUUUGAAGCAAGAAAAGAGCGCAAUCAAGAAAAAUAGCCGACACGUAACGUCUGAUGUAGCAACACAAAUCGGUGGUCGGUGUGUGCGUGUGUGAGAGUGCUGUUUCCAAUAGUGCAGCAGGCUAGAAGAGUCAUCAUAAUAACGAAAUAUUGUGCGGGAUAACACGGUGUCUGGGAGAUCAAAAUGUUGGCCACCAAUGGUAAACCGUUUUCGUUCGACAAGUCCGAGAUCAAUCCAUCGCGAAAGAAGGCAUCCAUUAAACACACGGUACUGGAUGUCAUCGUUUUUCUGCUAACGUCACUUGGCUAUAUCUUGCAGGCCAUCUACUACCAACUAUUCGGUAAACCGACGAAAAGCAUCGAAGGCGAUCUUGCACUGGUCACGGGAGGUGGCGGAGGACUAGGCCGAUUACUGGCUCUCCGGCUAACCAAACUGGGCGCCAAAGUGAUAGUGUGGGACAUUAAUCAAGAUGGUAUCGAUGAAACGGUUAAAAUAGUUCAGUCUGUGGGAGGCUUCUGCAAGGGCUACAAAGUAGAUAUUUCCAACAGGGAAGAGGUUUACAAGUGUGCCGAUAAGGUGCGAGAGGAGGUUGGAGAGGUAUCGCUGCUGUUCAACAACGCGGGCGUUGUUUCGGGACGAGCGCUACUCGACACCCCAGAUCAUCUAAUCGAGCGUUCCUUCAACGUGAACAUUAUUGCGCACUUUUGGACGACCAAAGCCUUCCUGCCGUCGAUGUUGGAGCGCGAUCAUGGCCACAUUGUGACGAUCGCUUCACUUGCGGGUCACGUCGGUAUCUCCAAACUGGUGGACUACUGUUCGAGUAAAUUUGCGGCGGUUGGUUUCGAUGAGGCUUUGCGGAUAGAGCUGGAGUACAUGGGAGCGCACGGUGUUUUCACGACGGUGAUCUGUCCCUACUUCAUUCAAGCCACCGGAAUGUUUGAUGAUGUGAAUUCAAGGUGGGUCCCGACGCUUGACUCCAACGACGUGGCCGACAAAAUCAUUGAUGCCGUUCGACGAAACGAGAAAUAUAUCAUAAUACCAGGAUACCUUCACUUAAUGCUGGCCAUCAAAUGGAUAUUUCCAUGGGGUUGCAACUCGGGCUUCCUGCGACGGUUGGUUCCGGACGCUACACCCCAGCACGCGGUCACUCCCAUGGCGACACCGAAUGGAGCUAAGUUGAACGGCACCAGUCAUCCUUUGUCCGCCGCCGCAACCACUUCGGCCGACAACAACAAUACCAAAUCUUCUUCCCUGUUGGUGCAUCGAUUGUCCACCGGGGAACGAGUUCUUUAGGCAUAACAAAUUCUGCAAUUUUCCGUCACCUUACUAGGAAACUAUCCUCCAUACACUGCUUACUGUUACAUUCGCAGGACUGACAGAUUUAUGAAUGAGAAUCGAAACUCUGGAAGCCGGCUAUCGCCGGUUUAUUUUAAAUCGGGUGGGGGGCAGUUUUUGAAACAAUUUCAGUCAGCAUGUCAAGUGUAGAGGUACGAACCAAUGUGAUUGCCUUUUAAGGGAAAGAAAUUAUCUUUAAACAUAAAAAAAACAGCAGGUUAGCAAAUAAGGCUGGAUCAUUCCUAUGAAUUGGGUUAGUUAGUGGUAAGGUAAGAACGCUAGUUGUAAGUAAGUCUUUAAAUUUCCUGUUCCUGAUAAUACAGUUUACUUUCAAUCGAUUUCAAAAUAUCGUUAAAUGUAAAAAAAAUGCUCUAAAAAGUGUCUUGCUAUGCUUUGGACAAUUUAAAUUAUGUACAUGAUAAUUGAAGCAAUAUCGCAUAUAAACUCUUCUAAACAUUGCCCAAUCUUUCCAAAUGAAAUUAGAGUAGCUGUUUUAGUACAAUAAAGCAAACGUUAAACCUA